AUGACUUCUCUUGCAUGGCUGCACACGCUGGAUCAUGUGACGGCAGCAAAUCUAAGUUUUGCUUUCAUGAUAUCAACUUUCAUUAGCAAGUCAUCAUCAGCCACAACUGUUGGGUUCUCGAUAUUCAUAAUUGGUUUUCUAACUCAGCUCGUUACAGUAGGCACGUUUCCAUAUUCUAGCCACUUCUCAAAAAUAUAUCGUGUUGUAUGGUCUCUAUUCCCCCCCAACCUUCUUGCCAAAGCUCUUGGUUUGCUUGGCAAUGCAACAGCUACCUCUGAAGGCAAAGGAAUCAGUCGGCGCAACCGUGGAGAAUGCACCACGUUUGAACCUAAUUGUGUGAGAACUAUUGUGGCUCAUAUCAACAUUCUUUUUAUGGUUCAUUUUGACAAUUUAUUUUGCCUUCUUGGACCUAACGGAGCUGGGAAAACUACCUUGAUUAAUUGUCUUACUGGUAUUACACCAGUUACAGGAGGAGAUGCAUUAAUUUAUGGAUAUUCUGUUCGGAGUUCAGUGGGUAUGUCAAAAAUCCGAAGGAUGAUUGGAGUCUGUCCGCAAUUUGAUAUCUUAUGGGAUGAAUUAUCAGCUCUAGAACAUUUGCAUCUAUUUGCUAGUAUUAAAGGUUUGCCUCCAUCUAGGAUUAAAUCGGUAGCUGAAAAGUCAUUAGCAGAUGUAAAACUCAUUGCUGCUGCUCGAGUUAGAUCUGGAAGCUAUAGUGGAGGAAUGAAGCGUCGGCUUAGUGUUGCAAUAGCCCUCAUUGGAGAUCCAAAAUUGGUCUUUUUGGAUGAGCCAACUACUGGUAUGGAUCCAAUCACUCGAAGGCGUGUUUGGGACAUAAUAGAGGACGCAAAGAGAGGACGAGCUAUUGUUUUGACAACCCAUUCCAUGGAGGAAGCUGACAUUUUAAGUGACCGGAUAGCCAUUAUGGCGAAGGGAAAACUGCGGUGUAUAGGAACCUCUAUACGACUCAAGUCUAGAUUUGGAACUGGUUAUGUUGCUAAUAUAAGUUUCCUUGGCAACACACCAGGUCAAACUCACAAUGUUUAUGGUAUCACACCAGUAUACAAUCCUCACCUUGAGCUUGUGAAGCAGUUCUUCAAAGAUCGACUCCAUGUGGAGCCUAAAGAGGAGAACAAGACAUUUUUUACUUUCACCAUACCCCACAACAGAGAGGAGCUUCUCGCAAACUUUUUUGCAGUGCUCCAAGAUAGAGAAAAGGAAUUUGGCAUUUUGGACACACAACUUGGUUUAACAACACUCGAAGAAGUGUUUCUAAAAAUAGCACAACUGGCAGAGCUGGAAAGUUCUUCCACUGAGGAGAACCUAGUUACCCUGAACUUGUCAUCUGGAUCCUCAAUUCAGAUUCCAAAGGGAGCCAGGUUUGUUGGGAUUCCUGGAACAGAAUCAUCUGAGCAUCCAAGAGGCCUGAUGGUAGAAGUCUACUGGGGGCAGGAUGACACCGGAACACUCUGCAUCUCUGGGCAUUCACCUGAGACCGAUGUGCCUCGGAAUGUUCGACUGACAGUGAAUCAAGCACGUUCCCGCAUAGGCUUAUACGAUGUUCCUGUUGGAUUCGUCAUAGAUUCAAAUUAG